CGCGAGAUGCUCCAAUUCGGACGUUGCCGUUCGCCGUUCGCCGUUCGCGAUGCGCCUUCUGUCAAGUGACACAUUCUCCACCAUGUCGCAGUCCACGUAAGGGGCGACCAUACCCUAACCAACUCCCGUAAAAUGGACGCCCCUCCCUGGUUUUUUCUCUUGGGACUUGUCCAAUUAGGAUUCGCCACUACAAAACACCAUGAAAGCCGGGGACGAAUCAGGCACAACAUGGAGGGGUGUCAUAUUCCUGUGGAUCGCAAUUCGUCAGCUACCGAUAUUCUUUCCUAUUUAACGCACCCUUGUCGCUACAACCCUCGGCAAAGCCCACCUGAGGAAACACCCAUAGCUGUUGACACUAGGAUGCACAUAUACUACCUGGAAUCAGAGCCCACCUAUAACCUGCAAUUUAAAGCUCAAAUGCUUUUGCAGUUAAAGUGGAAAGAUCGAAGACUGUCUUACAAGAUGAUCGAUCCUGCUUUAAAGGAGAUUCAUACUUCUCAUAGAGUCGUGCCUAAAAUUUGGACGCCUUACGUGUACCUCACCAAUGAAAAAAACUCACUCAUCCUUCGAUCAUCUCAUAAAGACGUCCUUGUGUCUUUCUUGCCGGAUGGAGAGGUACUGUAUACCACGAGAUUGAAGUCAACGAUUUUCUGUUGGGCCCAGCUUGGGAAAUUCCCGUUCGAUCACCAAAGGUGUCAGCUCAUCCUCGACAGCUGGAGAUACAGCAGCGAAAACUUGAUUCUCCGUUGGGAGCUCAACGAGUCUGCAAUCAUCCCAGAGGACGUUCGCUACCUUGGUGAUUACAAAUUGAUAUCCAUGACCCCAAAAAAUGGUCUCAUUCCAACCCUAUCGAAAAAAUCUACCGCUUACUCCCCCAAGGAAUACAGGUACACCUGCGUAACACUGACAUUCCUGCUGGCACGAAACUAUCAAUACUAUGUGAUGCACUACUACUUGCCAAGCACGCUCCUCGUUAUUCUGUCUUGGGUGACGUUUUUCCUCGAGCCCGAAGCGUUGCCCGCUCGAGUAACUAUUGGUAUCAGCACGAUGCUGACCCUAUUAGCCCUCAGCGCGGAGGUUGGGAGCUCCCUACCAAAUGUGUCGUACAUCCGUUCGAAUGAUGUCUGGUUUGUCGCCUGCACUGCGUUCAUCAUGCUCUCCCUCAUUGAACUAGCUUUCAUCAACUCACUGUGGAGGAAGAAUUUACUCCCGGUGUUUUUGAAGAAACCCACCUCAAAAUAUAUAAUCAAGUCGUCACUAUCACCGAAACGGGCCCACAGAAGACGAUCUUUAUCUGUGCCGAGCUCGCCAGAAAUUCGACGAGGCAGUACCCUGAGUAGUCUCAAUCAGUUUACAGUUAAAAGUUUGGAGGAUUUGCCCUCUCUUUCUCAGAUGUUCGAGCUGCGGGAACUGAGACGCACUGUUGACGAAGGUCCUCGUCCAGCGGAAAGGUUGAGCACCUCCUCCGAGCCUGAAAUGUUGAGUUCAGCAUCGGCCCCGAGUGUCUGUUCAACUACAAUGACAACCCAAGACAUUGCGCUCUGGAUUGAUAGGAAAAGCCGAUUCGUCUUCCCAUUCUUCUUCGUCUUAUUUAACUUAUUCUAUUGGACUCUUAUUCGUUAUUAGCCGGCACCGUCGUACAUACCUUAUACGUACGCUCAUUAGAUAUCAAUUUUUAUUCGUGUCAAGGGACUGCUUCUCAGCCGAAAAUAAGUGGUCGCGCCCACGCAUUCUUUCAGCCACAUUAUGCGUGUACGUUUGCCCGACCUUAAUUUUCAGUCCUGCUAUUUUACUUUCCUAUAGAUUCCGGGGUAAGUACCCGGAAUUAAUUCCGAUUUCCAAAAGUUCCGAGAAAAAUUCCAAUUUUUUUCAACAUCUCUGGGAAAAAUUCCAGAAUACGCCCGGAUUUAGUUCCAAAGAUCGUCAAAUUUGAUAAAAAGAAAAGGUCAUCAAAUUUGAUUUUAAAAAAAGUAUCAAACUCGGUCACAUAAUUGGUUUUCCCGAAAUUCCGAGAAAAUAGGAAAUUUCGGGAAUUUCGAAGAUUCUGAAUAACGUUAGAAAAUCAGAAUUUAUUCCGGGCAACGCGCGGCUGCACUGUUAAUUUUAAAAAAUGUUCCUUCUAAUAUUUUGCACUCCCCACCCCAUCAGCUGUUUCGAAA